GCAGCGGCUGAGGCUGCAGAGGUGGCAGCGGCUCUGGAGGCUGCAGUCUGCGUCCGGGCUCCGGCCGGAGCUGCACCAUGGUGAAGCUCGCAGAGCUGUUGGUGCUGCUGGACGCGCUGCUGGCCAUGGCCUCGGGCUACUUUGUCAGCAUCGACGCGCAUGCCGAGGAGUGCUUCUUCGAGCAGGUCACCUCGGGCACCAAGAUGGGCCUCAUCUUCGAGGUGGCGGAGGGCGGCUUCCUGGACAUUGACGUCGAGAUCACAGGACCAGAUAACAUAGGCAUCUAUAAAGGAGACCGAGAGUCCUGCGGGAAGUACACGUUUGCAGCCCACAUGGAUGGGACAUACAAGUUCUGCUUUAGUAAUAGGAUGUCUGCCAUGACUCCAAAGAUAGUCAUGUUCACCAUUGCCAUUGGGGAGGCUCCCAAAGGACAAGACAUGGAGACAGGAGCUCAUCAAAACAAGCUAGAAGAAAUGAUUAACGAGCUGGUAGUGGCCAUGACGGCUGUGAAGCACGAACAGGAGUACAUGGAAGUCCGGGAGAGAAUACACAGAGCCAUCAACGACAACACAAACAGCAGAGUGGUCCUUUGGUCCUUCUUCGAAGCUCUUGUUCUAGUUGCCAUGACAUUGGGGCAGAUCUACUACCUGAAGAGAUUUUUUGAAGUCUGGAGGGUUGUUUUAAAGGCCUUUUCCUGUUGAUCCCAAAUUCACAAUCAACUUGUUUACCAAACACCUUGGUCAUAAUAAUGUCAUUAGUUUAUACAUUUUUAUUUUCUGAAUGUUCAUGACUUACGUUUCUUUGUGAUUAAUGGGUGUUGGGGAAAACCUGUUUAGGGAAGUUAGAGUGAAAAUUUGACAUUGAUUGGCCUGUAGUUCUUACUUGAAUGCUGCUCCAUUAUGCAGAUCCUUCCAAGAGUUCAGAGGCUGUUAAUGCUGUAUGGGACUAUGGUCUUUAUUAUGUUUUCACCUUCAGUUUUCAUAAUAAAAUGCAGUUUGUUCAGGAAGCAGCCCACAGUCUGACUGCCUUCUCAGGAGUCCCUCAUCUGUGUUCAUUACCAGAGGUUCAUUUUGUUGAGUCCUUACAGCAACAGUAGACUGAAUCUUGACCCUUCUGACCAGCCGCAGGGCAGAGCGACCUGACUGGGGUAAGUUACCGUGUGGGCACA